AUGGACUUUAUGUACUAUGUACUUUUGGCACUUAUUUUAUUUCUUUUAUAUAAAAUUAUAGAAACAAAUUGUUGUUUAUCACGAUUGAACUUGGAAAUAAAAGAUGUUGAACUGCAAAGUAAUAGAGAAAGAUCCCGUACUUUACAAGAAGUUCGAAAUGCAACGAAAUUGUCAGAACAAAUAUUAAAAGAAUUAAAAAGCAAAGAAGAAGAAAGAAACACUGAUGAAUCUGCUGACACUGCGGUCGUUCAACGACAGAAUGAAUCCGAAAAACCGACCAAAGUCGUUUAUCGUUCUGUGGGCCCUCAUAAUAAUGAUAACACAUACGUUAAUGUCAAUUUCAAUCUAAACCUUUUGCCGCCAUCAGCUGAUUUUGGCUUUCAAGCAUUUAAGUCCAUCGGUUCAAAUGAACGACUUGAAGCGUUCCCGCUUAAAGCACUUAAAUAUUGA